CAGCCCCGCUGAAAGCAGCCGGUGUUCGGGAGCUCCUCGGGCCCACCGAGCCGGGGGAGGUCCCGGCCCCACAUCCAGGCACUGCCGGGCGGCGGGAGGGGCGGUCCGGCCCGGUCCGGCCCGGCCCCGGAAGCGGGCAGGCCGCCAUGGGCCGGGCGGUCACGCUGGCCUCCUGUGCCCUCAACCAGUGGGCCCUGGAUUUUGAAGGCAACCUGGAGAGGAUUUUCAGAAGUAUUGAGAUCGCCAAGAGCAAAGGGGCCCGGUACCGGCUUGGUCCAGAGCUGGAAAUCUGUGGGUAUGGCUGCUCAGAUCACUAUUAUGAGUCUGACACGCUCUUGCAUUCAUUUCAAGUCCUGGCAAAGCUUUUGGAGUCUCCAGCUACUCAAGAUAUUAUCUGUGACGUGGGAAUGCCUGUUCUGCACAGAAACAUUCGCUACAACUGUCGAGUGAUCUUCUUAAAUAAAAAAAUUCUUCUGAUCAGACCGAAAAUAUCACUGGCAAAUGCAGGAAACUACAGGGAACUUAGAUGGUUUACCCCGUGGAACAAAGCAAGGCAAGUGGAGGAGUAUUUUCUACCUGGGAUCAUUCAGGAAGUGACUGGACAGGAAACUGUUCCUUUUGGGGAUGCAGUGCUAGCAACCAAAGAUACCUGCCUAGGGGCAGAAAUAUGUGAAGAGCUCUGGGCACCAAACAGCCCUCAUAUUGAAAUGGGACUUGAUGGUGUGGAAAUCUUCACUAACUCUUCAGGGAGUCACCAUGUGCUCCGGAAGGCUCACACCCGGGUGGAUUUGGUGAAUUCUGCCACAGCAAAGAAUGGUGGAAUAUAUGUUUUAGCUAACCAGAAGGGUUGUGAUGGUGAUCGUCUCUAUUAUGAUGGGUGUGCCAUGAUUUCCAUGAAUGGAGAAACAAUUGCACAAGGAUCCCAGUUUUCUCUUGAUGAUGUGGAGGUGCUGGUUGCCACUCUGGACUUGGAGGAUGUUCGAAGUUACAGAGCAGAGAUUUCAUCUCGUAACUUAGCGGCAAGUAAAGUGAAUCCUUAUCCCAGGGUAAAAGUGAAUUUUGCUCUGUCAUGUUCUGAUGAUGUAGCUGUACCUACUUCUGUGCCAAUCCAGUGGAGGCAUCACAGUCCUGAGGAGGAGAUCAGCCUUGGCCCUGCAUGUUGGCUUUGGGACUAUUUAAGGCGCAGCAAACAGGCAGGAUUUCUCCUACCUCUUAGUGGUGGAAUUGACAGCUCUGCUACAGCUUGCAUAGUGUACUCCAUGUGUCACCAGGUUUGCCUGGCAGUCAAGAAUGGAAAUGCAGAUGUGCUGGCUGAUGCACGCAGGAUUGUGAAUGAUGAAACCUAUGUCCCUGAGAAGCCUCAAGAACUUUGCAAGCGCAUCUUUACCACUUGCUACAUGGCUAGUGAGAACUCCUCCCAGGACACUUGCAACAGGGCUAAACUUCUGGCUGAGCAAAUAGGCAGCUAUCACAUCAAUCUGAACAUCGAUGUGGCUGUGAAAGCUGUUGUGGGAAUUUUCAGCAUGGUGACAGGUCGAACUCCCCGCUUUUCUGCCUAUGGAGGGACCAACAGAGAAAACCUGGCACUCCAGAACGUGCAGGCUAGAAUAAGAAUGGUCCUUGCCUACCUGUUUGCUCAGCUGACACUAUGGACCCGUGGGAUGCCAGGAGGACUUCUAGUGCUAGGAUCAGCCAAUGUGGAUGAGAGUCUCCGAGGCUACCUGACAAAGUAUGAUUGCUCAAGUGCUGAUAUCAACCCCAUUGGUGGAAUCAGCAAAACUGAUCUAAAGAACUUCAUACAAUAUUGCAUUGAAAAUUUUCAGCUCACGGCCCUCAGGAGUAUCAUGUCUGCUCCCCCCACUGCAGAGUUAGAGCCCCUGGUGGAUGGACAAGUGGCUCAAACUGAUGAGGCAGACAUGGGGAUGACGUAUGCAGAGCUCUCAGUCUAUGGCAAAUUAAGAAAAAUUGCAAAGGCUGGACCUUACAGCAUGUUCUGUAAGCUGAUUAAUAUGUGGAAGGAAGUUUUUACUCCAAGAGAGGUGGCAUCAAAGGUUAAGCAUUUCUUCAGGAUGUAUUCCAUUAACAGACACAAAAUGACCACCCUCACUCCUUCCUACCAUGCUGAAAACUACAGUCCAGAUGACAACCGAUUUGACCUGAGGCCUUUCCUUUAUAACACCACAUGGUCCUGGCAAUUUAGGUGUAUAGAUAAACAGUUCAGGACCUGUCUGAAGGGAUCUGUGUAAUUGUGGGAUUAGGACUUGGCCUGCAUCAGUGGGGGAAAAGCCAGUAAGAGGCAGCAAUUAAUGGUGAAUGCUUCUCUCACCUUCUUCUCCAGCAAUACCUGUUUUUGAACCUCAGGUCAGUUGACUCACAGAUAACAUUGCUCAAAUCCAGAGGCAGGAAUGGUGCUGUGCUUAGUGUGAGCACUCUGAGGUGUGGAGGGGCUCAGGCAACUCUCAGAACCUUGCUUAACUUUUUGUAGUUUUUAUUCACACCUUCAAUGUUAUUUUAAUGCACUUUUUUAUGGCAAAAGUGCUGGGCUGAAAAAUUUUAGUGCCUUGAUGUUUUUUUCUGCCAGAGAUUUUACACCUCAGUUGCUUUUAAGAAUAUGUUUAUAUAUGCAGUAAAAUAUUAAUUCCCUCGUCUGUGAAAUGCCAGACAUGCUGUAAUAGUGUUUUAUUACCUUGAAACUUAGGAUAAAAGCUACCACGUGCAGUGCUUUUUUGUAGGUCUGUGUGGUGUGUUGCUUUUUUGGGGUUUUUUUUGCAUCAUUUUUGACUUUUUUCCCCACUGCAGUCCAGGACAAAAGUUAUUUUGGCCUCAGUGGGAGCUGGGUAAAAUAUUUAUGUAGGGUCUGGACCAAAAUGUAAUUAUUUUAUACUUACAGUAAAUGUGAUUAAGAUCUUUUAAUGAUCCAGGAUAUUGUUACACUCUUUAACUAGACUUGUAUGUAAUAGCAGUUGUGCUGUGCAAGGCUACGAGCCAUUGCAACUCAUUCCUGAAAACUGGGAGUCAAGUUUGGGGAAGAAUCUGUUAUUUAGGCAACAGUAACCUGCACUGAUCAAGUUCAGUUGUAACUUGAACUGAUAACUCAUUAUUAUGGACAGCGUUUUGCAAGACUGGAAAAUAAUGACUUGCAAUAAUAAAAGUCAAAUCUGCCCUAUUCAAGAAAGGGAAUCCUGGAAGAGUUUCCACUUACUGUGCAUAUUCAGAACAACUGUAAUUCUGAAGAGAGUUGUUCUCUAGGACAAUGUCUCCACUGGUAAUUACACUCCUGGGACUUAAUCUGCACUUGAGGUUUCUCUGUCGUUGUAACAGGACUGUGAAAAUAAGGCAUAAACUCUAAAUGACACAAAAAACACCUUUAGUUAGGUAAUGCCAGGUUUUCCUGGAAAAGAGUCAUGUUACAGCUUGAGCUCAUUUGUGAAGGGAAAUGGUUAAAAAAGUAGAGUUUAGGAAUGCUAAUGAUAGUGAAAUCUGUUGGAUCUGUGGAAAGUGCUUUUCUAUGUUGGAUGUUUGUAGUCUUGUCAAGGCAACUUAGUUACCCAUUCUUGGAAGUACAGAAUUCCUUCUGUGUUUGCUGCAGAAGAAACAGGAGUAAAAGGAGACUGAGAUCAUAGUAGUUGCUGGGAAUUGCCAGGUUUGCCCUUGGAGUCUUACUGUUGUUCAGCUCUACUUAGCUGAGGGUUUCAACUGGGUGAUUAAGUUUCUAGUGGUUUAGAGCAGCCUUAGGAACUCUGGUAGCACUGUCUGUGGCUUCUGCCUUUGAGUUACAUCUGAGGCACAGGAUGUGUUCUCAGAGCAUGCACUUUAACAGUUUAUAGGUGCCAAAAUGCUUAUUGGAGUUUUAAUAGCUGGCAUAAUUUAGAAGGAACUGUGGCAUAGCUCCCAAGAAAGCUGGCACACCUGCUGGUGUCCAGAUGAGGUAUUUGCAGUCUGCCUUCUGCUUUUUCCAGUGCUUGUUGGUCAUGCUAUAAGAUCAGCUGCAUUUCGUCAAACCAAAAAUUUUAUCAGAGUAUCUUUGUCUGUCUCUUUCAUGGCCAGUAGCAGAUGCUGUAGGAAGAACAUAAGUAUAGGGAUUUUGUAGUAGAACCCUCCCUAUAUAUCCUUAUAGAUUUAAGGAAUGUAAAACAGAAUUUUCCAGUUAGGAGAGAACGUGCAGAACAUUGUGUUUAGUUUGUGCUCUUGGUCUGUCCUCCAUGGAUUUGUAGAAUCCUUUCUGAAACUAUUUUAUUGUUGGUGUUAACAGCCUAGCUUAGCAUAAACUUUUAUUCUGUUUUAAGAACAGUGAACAGUUUUAUAAAAUUAUGUGUUGUGUGCAUGGAAAACAUUCCCUGUGUUUGUUUAAAUUACUCUAGGCUCUCUUUUAUGGGCAGUGUUACAGGUUAUGGCCUGAUGUGAUCUGACCUGACAGCUGUCACUGGAAGGAGUAGUCUUGCCUACCUUCCUGUCUCUCCUGGCUUCUGAGGUGGCUUUGGUGCUUGUCACACUCCUUAGUCAGCCAAAUGAAGUCACCAAACUGACAGAAAACUAGGAAGUGAUGGGAGCAUGUAGUCAGGGGGAGAUUUAGGGCGUGGGUAAGGAGAGAGUUUGACCUUUGCUCUUGACUACAACUAACAGCCUGUUCAGCUCAGUUGUCCCCUGUAUCCCACUGUCAGUUCCUGAUAAAUCUGAGCUCUGCACUGUUUUGUGGUGGAAGUCUGAAAAGACAGGAGACAUGAAAUGCAAACUUGUGUUUACUAUUGACUCAGUUUCCUUUUAAC